AGUUGGACCUCCUUUUGGGUCUUAAAAAUGUAUUUGUGACACAUGCUUGUUAAUGUACAUGUGUUCAUGUCUGUGUAAAGGUCACUACAGGUUACUUACUGCUUGCCUAAUAAGGAGUGAUUUGUUGUGCUUGACUAAUCUAUGGACUUUCAGAUUGAGCAACAUCACUGGAGACUGACAAUGCAGAGAGCACAGGAAAGGUGAAGAAAGAAAGAGGGAAAGUAAAUGAAUAGAGAAAACAACAUAGCAUAAAAGGAGGUGAGGGGGAUUAAAUCGAACUAAGGCAGGAGAAUAGUAUACCAAAACAAGUUGCAGCAAGUUAUAGUACAUGUGGAGAUUGAAAGUAGUGAGUGAGUGUGUAAAGCAUACAAGGAUUUUGCUUGCCAAUUUCUAGUGACUUAAUGCUCGAAACUCUAUCAAAACUAUGACAAACAAACUGUGCAAGAGAGGAAGCCUACUGACCACUACGGUAGGAGCCCAGAGAUUAUGACUUCUGAUGAGAGAGAGUGGGAGCACAAAGACUGAGAAAGAAAGAGGGGACACCUGAGAAGACGUAGCGAGAGGGAGGACAGUGGAUCAUUAUGGGAGUCAAAUGCAAGGCUUGUUCAGCCAUUGUCCUCAUCCUCCUUUUGCUUGGUUCCAUGUGGCUAUAUGGGAGCCUGGACCACCAUCUGGGUACCUGUCUGAAAAUGUAUAUUCCGAAAAACAAGGCUGUCUCUUUAAACAGAGUUAACAGUUCAGAGGAAGGUGAAGCACCACUGAAGGUGUGUCCUGGUCAGAGGUUUAAAGUUGCUAAUUUGCUGGCUUACCUGAAAUCUGCACCAGUCUCCACCAAUGAUGUGCUGCUAAAGCCAUAUCUGGCAAGCUGGGAUGAGCUCAUCAAGUUUAUGGAAGCCUUGGGGCCAAUGGUGGGUAUCAUUUCUCAAGAAAUUGAAUCAAAGACCACUGUCAUCCGUGAUCUAGCCCAAAAACAUGAGAAAGAAGCAGAGAAGAGAAUGAAAAACAAAAAAAGAGUGACUAUGGGAAGAGACACGGGCAUAGUGAUACCUCAUAAAAGAUCUUCAAACUCCUCUAAAAUGAAUCACAAACUCUCAGACAGCACAUCUGGUUACAUUUCUAUUCGGUCAAUGAUUAAGUGGGAGAUGAAAAAUGGUUUGGUAGACUUCCAAAAGUACACAAUCUCAGGCUGCAGGACUCUGCUGCGUUUGCAUCGCGCUCUGCUCUGGCUCCAAAGCUUUCUGCAGGAACUGGGGAAGGAUGCACCUGAAGGAGGGCAUCUAGGAAGACCUUCUGACCUCUGCAAAGAGACCUACCAGCGUACGCUGGCCAAACAUCACACAUGGUGGGUGAGGAGAGCAGCAGAACUGGCCUUUCUUGCCAUGCCUGAAAGACCUUAUUUCUACCAGUUGGUGUGUGUGGAAACACAGGAAGAAGCAGCUGUGGUGCUGGACAGAGUGGUGAGAGCAAUAGGAGAAGUAUACGAGAGAACUGAAGUAGCUCUUGAUGAACACAAAAUGCUGGAUCUACCCUGAACACAAAAGAGAGAUGGAAGAUAAUGAGAAGAACUGUCAGAACCACACUUUCCAUUGAUUAGUGUAGUACACAGACACCAACCUGUUGGCUUGGGUAUAUGAACAUGAAACCAGUAGGACUGGAAAUUUAGGGAGAGCUGCAGAGCUGUGAAAUACAAGACUGGGACUUUUGAACCCUUAUGAGGAUAAAGGGAGACCCAUAAGGCUUAUUUGCUUUAGGUCUUACUGAUAUACUCAAAGAAAGGUCAAUUUUCUUUAAGAAUUAUUAGUGACCUGAGAAUUGUUUGUUUUCAGUAAGUAAAAGAAGUAGCCAAUUGAGAAGACAAUCGAACAGGCUUUACUAGCAAAUAUUUAACUGUUUCGCUGCUAAAACUACUGAACAUACAGUAUACUUUGAGCUGAUGCAGAAAUAUGUUAAUGAAAUGCACUAUGAUCAACACUUGAACUUCUUAAAAGGGUGGGCUUAGAAUGGCCUUUUUUAUAAAUGGUUCAUAAUAAGGUAUGGUUUGGUUAACAUACAGUGAAAUUGAAUUACAUCUUAUGUAUUUCUACACUGAAGCACAUAUAACAAUAUACUUGGUCUAUGAAACCUGAAGAAAAAUAAAGACAACCUAUUUCUGUGUACAGAAACAAUUAAAAUAGAGAAAACUGACAAUUCCACCUGGUAAACAUGCUGUGCUCAUUGUGUGUCAGCUGUUUUCCUGCAGGUAUUGCCCCCACAUCUUUAUUUGUCAAAAGAUAGAAAAGAUUCCAUUUAUGGUUGUUUUGCAAGAUACUACUGGUAUUUUUAAUAAUAAAAAUACUUUCACCUAA